GCGACCGUUCUUUCGCCAUGUCUCUUGGGUGCGUCACCGGUGCAUGGUUCACGUGAAGCACGUUUUAACCAGUUUUAUCGCAGUGCCUCACAACUCGUGUAACCAUGGACGCCGGCCAGCUUAUUGAAAUCCUCCGGGCCACCAUAGACCCAAACCAGCGAGAGACGGCGGAGAAACAACUCGAGCAGGUACACAAGAUCAUCGGCUUUGCCCCGUCUCUGCUGCAAGUUGUGAUGACCGGCAGCGUGGACAUGCCUGUGCGUCAGGCAGGCGCCAUCUACCUCAAGAACCUGGUGGUCCAGUUCUGGCAAGAAAAAGAGCCACCACCGCAGACACAGCCGCAGCCCCAGCCGCUGCCCUUUCACAUUCACGAGCAGGAUCGAGCCAUGGUGCGCGACGCACUCGUCGACGCCAUGGUGCAUGCACCCGAGCUGAUCCGUGUACAGCUCUCGUCCUGCCUCGGCUGCGUGCUCAAGAACGACUUUCCGGGACGGUGGACGGGUGUCGUGGACAAGGUCUCCAUCUACCUGCAGUCGCCCGAGAGUGCCGGCUGGGCGGGCGCUCUGUUGGCCCUGUACACACUUGUCAAGAACUAUGAGUACAAGAAGCCCGAGGAACGAGAGCCUCUGCACGAGGCGAUGCAGCUGCUGCUGCCGUUGCUGCAGCAGCGCCUGGCACAGCUGCUGGCCGACCAGUCGGAGGCCUCUGUACUCCUGCAGAAGCUGAUCCUCAAGAUCUACUUUGCACUUGUCCAGUACCACUUCCCCUUGGGACUCAUCUCGCGCGAAGUGUGCACGCAGUGGAUGGAGCUUCUGCGAGUCAUCCUCGACCGACCGGUGCCCGACGUGGCCAACCAAGUGGACGAAGAUGAACGACCUGAGCUACCUUGGUGGAAGUGCAAAAAGUGGGCCUUCCACAUUGUCACACGCAUCUUUGAGAGGUACGGUAGCCCUGGAUCUGUGAGCAAGGAGUACGGAGAAUUCGCCGACUUCUUCCUCAAAGCGUACACCGAAGGAAUCCUCCAGGUGGUGCUCCGUUUGCUCGACCAGCACCGGCAGAAGGUUUACGUCUCGCCAAGGGUUCUCCAACAUGCGCUCAACUACUUGCGACACGCUGUGAGCCAUGCCUUCUCUUGGAAGUUCCUGAAGCCCCACAUAGUGGGCAUAGUGCUGGAGGUGGUGUUUCCCCUGCUCUGUCACAAUGACCAGGACGAUGAACUGUGGAAGACAGACCCGCACGAGUACAUCCGGCUCAAGUACGACGUCUUUGAGGACUUCCUGUCGCCCGUGACUGCGGCCCAGAGCCUGGUGCACACGGUGUGCAAGAAGCGCAAGGGUGUGCUGCAACGUUCCAUGGCCUUUGUCGUGUCCCUGCUCACCAGCCCCGCCUGCUCGCCCCGGCAGAAAGACGGUGCCCUCCAUCUGGUCGGCACCGUGGCCACCCUCCUGCUCAAACGCCGCAUGUACAAGGACCAAAUGGAGGCGAUGUUGGUGGCGCACGUCUACCCCGAGUUUGGCAGCCCCGAGGGUUUCCUGCGGGCGCGCGCCUGCUGGGUGCUGCACUACUUCUGCGAGAUGCCCUUUCGCACCGAGGCCAACCUGCUGCGCGCCGUCGAGCUGCUCACCCACUGCCUCCUGCACGACUCUGAACUCCCCGUGCGAGUCGAGGCGGCCAUUGCCCUCCAGGCCUGCCUUACCUGCCAGGAGAAAGCACAAGUAACCGUGAAGCCCAAGAUCAAAGAGAUCACCAUGGAGCUGCUGAAGAUAAUCCGGGAGACGGAGAAUGAUGACCUGACAAAUGUCAUGCAGAAGAUUGUCUGCAUGUACGCUGACGACAUUGCACCCAUUGCUGUCGAGAUGACUCAGCAUCUGGCGGCCACCUUCACCCAGGUGGUGGAGACGGGUGGCGACGGUGACGAGAAGGCCAUGGUGGCCAUGGGUGUGCUCAACACGCUGGACACCUUGGUGACGGUGCUAGAGGAGCAGCGUGAGCUUGUGGCCCUGCUGGAGCCCACCCUGCUGCAGCUGCUGGUGGGGCAGGUGUUGGGCCAGUCCCUACUGGAGUUCUACGAGGAGGCCCUCUCCCUUCUCUACUCCCUCUCCUGCCGGGGCCCCCUCUCGGCCGACAUGUGGAAAGCCUUUGAGGCCCUGUACCACGCUUUCCAGAAGGACGCCUUCGACUUUUUCACUGACAUGAUGCCAGCGUUGCACAACUUUGUCACCGUUGACACGCCUGCAUUUGUCAGCAACGAGCACCACCUGCUGGCUAUGUACAACAUGUGCAAAGCAGUUUUGGAGGGUGACUCCGGUGAGGACCCCAAGUUCCACGCGCUCAAGCUUCUCGAGGUGAUCAUCCUGCAGUGCAAGGGCCAGAUUGAUCCGUGCAUACCCUCGUUUGUGGAGCUUGCGAUCAGGACGCUAGCAGAGGCUGGCUCGGCCAUUGGUCUGCAGGUCAUGUGCCAGCAGGUUGUCAUAGCGGCCCUCUACUACAACCCGGUGCUGCUCUUUGAGACACUAAGCAAGAUCCAGAGGCCAGACACACAGGAGAACUUACUGGACCACUUUGUCAAGAUGUGGCUAGGCAACAUUGAGUACUUCAUGGGGCUGCAUGACCGCAAGAUGUGCGUGCUGGGCCUGUGCACGCUCAUCAGCCAGGGUUCUCGGCCACAGGCGCUGUCCGAGAUGGCACCCCAGGUAGUGCCCUCGUUGCUGGUGCUCUUCGAUGGCCUCAAGCGGGCCUACGCAUUCCGUGCCCAGGAGGAAGAAGAAUCUGAUGACGAUGAGGAAGAUGAUGAUGACUGUGAAAAUGAGGUGCUAGACUCGGACGAGGAUGAGCUCGACGACGAGGGUCAGGAGUACUUGUCGAGGCUGGCUCGCCGUGCCAAAAAGGGAUCGCCAUUCCCUGUCACCUCGGCCACCAUUGAGGAUGACCCUGAGGAUGACGAGGACGACGAGGACGAAGAAGAUGACGAAGAAGAAACGGCGCUCGAAUCGUUCACGACGCCCCUUGACGAGGAAGACUGCCCUGUUGACGAGUACCAGGUCUUCAAGGAGGUCAUGCAGGGCAUCCAGAGUGCGGACCCAAUGUGGUUUAGUGUCCUGACCACAGGCUUGUCUGCCGACCAACAGAAGUCCCUACAAGAAGUGUACCUGCUUGCCGACCAGAGGAAGGCAGCCGCAGAGUCGAGACGGAUCGAGAAGAGCGGUGGCUACGUGUUCCAGAACCAGACGGUGCCCACGUCAUUCAACUUUGGCGGUGCUCCCCUCUGCUAGCCGCCACAGCUCAACCAAGGCGUGCUUCUUCUCUCUGUUUGUCCCUCCAGCUUGCCUCCUUUCUUUCCCUGUUUGCUGUUCCAUUUUAGCCUCGGGUGUUUUCUUCCUUCUUUUCCGUGCACUCUUGCUGCCUUCUCAUGCGAGAGAAGGCCUCGUAUCUCUGCUGUGUGGGACACUUCUUUGCCAGUGCGACCGUGUGUGGGGAAGCAUUGUGCUUGUGGCACUAGACUUUUGACGCAGCGCCGACCCAUCUGCUGGGAGUAUGUUCCUAAUCUACAACUGCUGCGUUGCUGCCAUCAACACCAGCUGCGGUCCUUGCCCCAUCUGCCUCGACCGAACUUCUCCCAGGCUGCUUUCGGCGAGCAUCGGCGCUCUGGAGAAUUCGAAGAAACGACUGCCACCGAAAACACCCAAGCGGCUCCGCGUGGCCGCACCUCUCACCAAGUCUCGAAGCCAUUAGGCGUUCAAAUCGGCGAAAGCAUGCUGCUGCUUUCAGCACACGGAACAACUGAGAGACGAUGCUCGACUAGUGGCUUCUCUCGUGCUACUGCCCAUCUCCCUCGACACCCCGACGAUGACAGUUGGCACGUGUGCAUGUGAUGUGGUGACAAGUGUGUGCUGUUGUGUGCCGGACACCUUGCGAUAAAAGAAAAAAACUGUGGCAGCGGCGUUUAUCUCCCUGCAGAAAAACGUGAGAAGCACGGUUGUUUGCAGCUCUCUUCCACCUUUGUAGACGUGUGCUUUUGUCAAGAAAAAAAAAAAAGAGAAUGUGGUGGGCUGUUUGUCACAUUAAAGUGUGUAAAGCAUGCAUAUAUUUUGAUAGCAAAGGGGGCUUUGUUGUACAGUGGCUUGAUUUUCCCCCCGUGCUUUGCUUCGUUUCUUUGUAACUCUUCGAGCAUCUCAGUAACGGCGCUGCAUGCUUGGGCUUCGACCUUUGUGGCUGCGAAACUAGACUUAGCAGCCGGUAUGCGCAAUCGUGACUCAAUGGGGAAGAAAGUGGGUUCUGUGGCUUGCAUGACGUGAGCCACCAGUGUACAAAUGGAGGUGAGUGGUGUGUUGAGAAGAACAAGAGGCUACUAUUUUUUUUUCGUCACUCGUAGCGCACGUAACUGCGUGGCACCUAGUGUGGUCUUAAGACUGGUGUAGAAAAAAAGGGAGUGGCGGAGAGAAACGGAUGAGUUUAAAAUGACAAUUGUUGCCUUAAAGGUGUGCAAAAGAGGCUUGCGUGGCGGUCUCGUUGUGUUUGAGUUUUGCAUUUGGAACUGUGAGAGUACUGACAAAUAAAAUCUAUUGACACAAGUGGA